AUGGAUCUGCAUCGAUCCGUUUUACGUGGUGCUGGGUUUUAUGACUGGAUGACGAAGACCGAUGGCAACAGCAAACGGAGGCCACUCCCAACGAUUGACCUUUUCGAUAUUGAUGAUCAAACUUACGCCGAUGCUAUCCUCGAAAUGGCCCUGCCCAAAGAUCGUGCGCGUUUCAGAUCUUACCUGAGCAACAGACCGCUGGGCAUUGGCAUCAUUACAGGUACUCCAGGAUCCGGAAAGACCGCAUUGGGAGCUACAGCAACACUGGCUUUACAGGCAAAGCUCGGCCCAAUUCUUUGCUCAGCGCCAACCGAUACAGCUGUCGACAACUUCGCAUAUCAUCUCAACAAGCAAACUUGGGAUGUCACAGAAAGGUUGAAUGCAGGGAAGUCUCUGGACGACUCAAAUCGAUAUCGUCGCAAGUUGGUCAUUCGACUGUACUCACCCAACGAAGAGAUGAACGCCUUUUACAUACUGUUCACAAGGCCUGAACUUGGUGAAGAAGUUCUAAACCACUGGAAAGUCCCGGGAGAACUCAAUGAGGAUGUCAAUUGGAAGUUCCAUCUAUCCGCCGCUUAUUGGCUUUUGCUUCUCUUCGAAUCGCCCGCUGUUGAUCGGCGUCUUGGACCUGACGACAGCCUAGCUUUACACGAGCUGAAGAAAGUAAUCGAUGAAGAUGUGGAUUUUGGAGCAAUACGCAACGGCCACGCUCGCACUGUCUACGAAACUCUUGGGGAACGCUUUACUGAGCUCCUGGAUAUGUUACUUGAAGAAGCGGACAUGCUUUGCACUACUCCAAGGUCAUUUGGAUCAAAUGAAUUUAUGCCAUGGCAGAGGAGGUUGGCACAAGGAGUUGUAGUUGAUCAAGCAGGAAGAAUGAACAGACCUGACCUGUACCGUGUCUGGGGAAACACGUUACUUCCCUGCUUCCUUAUUGGAGACACAAGAUCGGAACAGCCAACAAUUCAGACUACUAGUGAGAAAGAACCAGGCACUGAGAACUAUUACAAUCGUUUUGCGGGGGAUGGCCAACUCUCUGGUCUAGAGUUCCUCCAAGCAUCUGGCCUUCCAGUCUUCCGUCUCGAUACACAAGUUCGUAUGGCUAAGGGCAUGUACGACUUGGCUGCCCAAGUAUUUUACCCCCAGCUCCCGCUUCAGUAUCACCAAAGCGACCACGAAAUUGCAGAUCAGCAUCCUGAUGUCGGAAAAGAGCUUGAGGCUUACGUGCGCAUGAAGUAUCCAAAUCUGCGCAAACCGCCGGGCGGCAUUGUACACCAACCAUUGUUCAUUCAUCGACAAGACUCAACGAUAUACAAGGAUGUAGACGGCUCACAGGCCUGCCAAGAGCAGGACAGUGCCGUCUUGAGCUUCGUUGCUGGGUUAGUCACCCACUCAGCCAUUGAUCCUGCACAGAUCGUCCUACUCACUCCUUGGUUCGCCAAUGUUGUACUCAUCGAACGCAAGCGUAACCAAAAGAGGUUUGAACUUUUGAAGAAUAUGCCGGAAGCCGCCACCAUCGAAAGUUAUCGUGGAAGAGAGUCCGAUAUCGUUGUCGUGGUGAUGUCCACCACGCGUGACACAGGACCCGACAUCACUACGAAUGAGCACUUGCUCAUCACCAUGCUCACCCGCCACAAGAGCGGAUUGGUCAUUUUUGGGGACAUUUGUACAAGUGGAGUGAUCGGAGAGGACCGUAAUGGGAAUCUCUUCAAGAUCAACAAGCCUGGGCAAGAGCUCAAUGCGCUGCAGAGGAUUGAUGAGACACUCUUCGGUGAGGGGCGAGUCGCGGUGUUUUCUACGAAUUUGAGCAAGUAA